GCCGUUGUCCCGCGGGCCGUGGGCCCCGCACACUGGGGCUUUGUCCGGCCCCCCGCCACGACCCACGGGGGAGGGGGGCCCCACAUGACCGAGGGGGUAGGGGGAGCCUGCGGCAGCGGCGGCGGCGGCGGCAGCGGCAGCGGUUCCAUCACUUUCCUCCGGGGCCGGGGGUCGGCGGGCGGUGGCACCGGCGACUGGGAAAGGCUGGGCAGGACCGCGGACGCCGAGCCCCUGGUUCCCCAUCAGGCUGCAGGCUCUGGGCCUGGGCCAGCCGGACAGCUGUGAACCCAGCGCUUUCCAGGCGCCGAGCUGGGGGUGCGCCGGGGCACCCGGCCUCGGGAUCAUGGGGAAUGGCAUGACCAAGGUACUUCCUGGACUCUACCUUGGAAACUUCAUUGAUGCCAAAGACCCUGAUCAGCUAGGCCGGAAUAAGAUCACACACAUCAUCUCUAUCCAUGAAUCACCCCAACCUCUGCUGCAGGAUAUCACGUACCUCCGAAUCUCAGUCGCUGAUGCUCCUGAGGUACCCAUCAAAAAGCACUUCAAAGAAUGUGUCAACUUUAUCCAUGGUUGCCGCCUCAACGGGGGUAACUGCCUUGUACACUGCUUUGCAGGUAUAUCUCGAAGUACCACCAUUGUGAUCGCCUAUGUGAUGACAGUGACGGGACUAGGCUGGCGGGAAAUACUCGAAGCCAUCAAGUCCACCAGGCCCAUCGCCAACCCAAACCCAGGCUUUAGGCAGCAGCUUGAGGAGUUUGGCUGGGGAAACUCCCAGAAGCGUUUAGAUGUUUAUGAACGAGACUGUGACGACACAGGUGUCCCCAACACAAGGCAGUCCAGCGUUUGUCCACUUGGGCUUCGCCGGCAGUUGGAGGAGCGCUUCGGGGAGAACCCGUUCCGCGACGAGGAGGAAUUGCGCACGCUGCUGCCUCUCUGCAAGCGCUGUCGCCAGGGUUCGGCGACCUCCGCCACGUCGGCCACAGCAUCCUCCGCCGCUUCCGAGGGGACCCUGCAGCGCCUGGUGCCGCGGGAAGCCCACCGGCCGCUGCCGCUGCUGGCGCGCGUCAAACAGACUUUCUCCUGCCUCCCGCGGUGCCUGUCGCGCAAGGGCGACAAGUGAGCGCCCUGCCCGCCGCUCCGCCUGUCCUCACGCCACAGCCCUUCGCCAGCAGCCAGGGCUUCCCGCACCCGGGAUGCGCCCAGAGCCUGUGGGAGCCUCGCCCACGCCCAAUGUCCACCACGCUUGUCUGCGUCCGUCCUCGGUGUCCCCUUUGUGAGUCCGUGUUCCGCCGGCCUGCUUCAAGCCACCUGGUGCCUUAGUCCUUGAGCCCGGGAGAGGGGGUCCUAGGCCUCCACCCAGACAGACGGGGAGCAGGAGGUUGGGUCGGGUGGGGCGGACCGGCCUGGAGGAGAUUAAAGAGCUGCGGACGUUG